CUCUUUAUAAUCUUUCAAACCCCCAUUAUUGUUUCUUGUUAAGCUUCUCGUGUUUGCCAACCGCGGCUAGGGUUUUAGUCCGACCAUUUCUCGUAUCUGUAUCCCGAGUUCGUUAAGCAUUCACCAUGGGCAAAGAAAAGGUUCACAUCAACAUUGUGGUCAUCGGCCAUGUUGACUCGGGAAAGUCAACCACCACCGGCCAUUUGAUCUACAAGCUUGGUGGCAUUGAUAAGCGAGUGAUCGAAAGGUUCGAGAAAGAAGCAGCGGAGAUGAACAAAAGGUCGUUCAAGUAUGCGUGGGUGCUUGACAAGCUAAAGGCAGAGCGAGAGCGGGGUAUCACCAUUGAUAUAGCCUUGUGGAAAUUCGAGACCACAAAGUACUACUGCACGGUCAUCGAUGCGCCAGGUCACCGUGACUUCAUCAAGAACAUGAUCACAGGUACCUCACAGGCUGAUUGUGCUGUCCUGAUCAUUGACUCGACUACCGGUGGUUUUGAAGCUGGUAUUUCCAAAGAUGGUCAGACGCGCGAGCAUGCGUUGCUCGCUUUCACUCUUGGUGUCAAGCAAAUGAUCUGCUGCUGCAACAAGAUGGACGCCACUACUCCGAAAUACUCCAAGGCAAGGUACGACGAAAUAGUAAAGGAAGUCUCCUCCUACCUCAAGAAAGUCGGUUACAACCCCGACAAAAUCCCCUUUGUACCCAUCUCCGGUUUCGAGGGAGACAACAUGAUUGAGCGCUCCACAAACCUCGACUGGUACAAAGGGCCCACACUCCUAGACGCCCUCGACAUGAUUUCCGAGCCCAAGAGGCCCACAGACAAGCCCCUCCGUCUACCGCUCCAAGACGUCUACAAAAUCGGCGGCAUCGGCACAGUCCCCGUCGGCCGUGUGGAGACAGGUGUCCUAAAGCCCGGCAUGCUCGUCACAUUCGGGCCCACCGGUUUGACCACCGAAGUCAAAUCUGUAGAAAUGCACCACGAGUCAAUGCCCGAAGCUCUACCGGGUGACAAUGUAGGUUUCAACGUGAAAAAUGUUGCGGUUAAAGAUUUAAAACGUGGCUUCGUUGCUUCGAAUUCGAAAGAUGAUCCGGCUAGAGAAGCUGCACAUUUUACUUCGCAGGUGAUUAUAAUGAACCAUCCGGGUCAAAUAGGGAGUGGGUAUGCACCGGUUCUUGAUUGCCACACGUGUCACAUCGCGGUGAGAUUUGCGGAGCUUGUGACUAAGAUUGAUAGACGGUCUGGUAAGGAGAUUGAGAGGGAGCCGAAGUUUUUAAAGAACGGUGACGCGGGUUUUGUGAAGAUGUUUCCGACGAAGCCGAUGGUGGUGGAGACUUUUUCAGAGUACCCGCCGCUUGGUCGGUUUGCGGUUAGAGAUAUGAGGCAGACGGUGGCUGUUGGUGUCAUCAAGAGCGUGGAGAAGAAGGACCCGACCGGUGCUAAGGUGACCAAGGCGGCAGCCAAGAAAGGUGCCAAGUGAGAACUGUGCUGCUGGUUCAUUGUGUAGAAACUAUGUUCUGCUGCUUCCUUGUGUUCGUUACAUUGUUUCUUUUGCUGUAAAUUAUUACGUUAUAUGUUGGGUAGUUGUCAGCAUUGGGUGCUGGAUAGGCGGUGGCGGAGGAACUGAGUACUCAGUUGAUUUCUGGUUUUUUUGGAUGGUAGCUUAAACUCGAUUUGUCGUUGAGGGUAAAAUUGUAAUUGAACACCCGAUGCAUCUUAGGCUCUGUUGGCUUUCGAGUCCAUUUUCCUUUUCUUUCACUACAUCGUUGCCCAAUCUUAACCAACCCAUAUCCCAAACUCGUCUAUGUAGUAAAAUCAAAUUUAGUUCUUGAA